CAGCAAGACCCGCUGCAAUAUUUCCAUGGCUACUUCAUCUUCAACAUCACUCUCUCUCUCUUCUCUUGAUCUCGCGAGAUAUGUUCGGCUUUUUAAAAACGUGCCUCUACUGGAUCAUUUCAAUCGCCGUCGGUCUCUUCUCCAUUUUCUUCGUUAUCGGCAUGGCAGCACAAUGGAGGGAACGCUCGACUGGUCCGCAGCUGAGGGGCUUUGACCCUCAAGAUGCUGAAGAGACGGUUCCUGCGGGACCGGCAUAUGAGAUAUUGACUCUCAAUAUCUUCCUAGCUGCCGCCACAUCAGGUAUCAUGCCUGGUGGGAACAGAACGGAGUUCCCAGUCUUCCCUCACUCGGAAAUGCCUUUUUUGGCACAGAAGUAUGAAGAAUGGGCUCCUGAACCGUUCAAUAAAUUGCCUGCACCACAGGGCAUAUUUGGUCCUGCGAGCCCUGUCUCUCCGGCACCAAUGAUACGUUGGAUGCAUAUCCUAGGAGGGUUGGACGACAUCGUAGCUAUGGCUUUCAGUGGGCAGAUGUUUUCUACAAAUGUUGAACGGAGUUUCAAAGUUGUUAAGACGAAGGUCUGGCUUGGAAUCGUACCCGUGACCGACGCACGAUGGAGAGCGAAAGGUCUAGAUGCAACGGACAAUAUCGAAGAAGCACUCGCGAUCAUCAAUCAAGUUGUAGAUGUAUUCAAACAUCUCGCCAAGCCCGAAGUUCAAGGCGACCUGCGAAACAUCAACAUCAAACUCUGGGCUGAAAUCGAUGUCUUCCAAGACGCGUGCAAUGCCGUUCGCACCACGAAAGGCGAGCCUGCACCAGAAUGGAGUCUCACCAAAUUGUGGGAGACUUUUAAUGAACACCAUUUCAAAUAUAUGGAAGAACAAGCCCGCUCCUGGGCCUUCACCCACCUCAAAACCCUCCACAACAUCUGGAAGAAAAAAUUCCUCACCACCUUCCAAUCCGGCCGCAUCCUCAACGACACCCAAGCCACCGUUCGCAUUGACCACUACGACAUGAUGAUCAUGCGCAAGAUCCAAGAGCUCCAAUUCGAAGCAGAUCUCUACAUCCGGUCCCGCACAGACGGCUUCAUCACCGCAAGCCGAGAGAUCAACCCUGCUUUGUCCAAAAUCGACUCCCCGAAAGAACAGCUGAAUGAGAUUUAUAGGAAUAUAGAAAUUAGUAGAAUUUCGGCAAUGGAGGCCGCUUUCAUGACGACGUCACAAGCCAGGACGCAGCACAGACAUCGCGUGGCGCCGGUUCCGGCUUUCUUGGAAGAGCCAAGUUUGAACACGGAUCGCGAAUUUGCACAUAAGGCAUUACAGCCUGAGAUUGAGAACCCCCCGGCUAUGCGGAUGGAGCGUUGGGUCAGAGAGCAGAUGGAUGAGAAGGUAGAGCGAUUCGGAUUCGUCAUCUACAGAUUAGCGUACGAAGGAAGUGAUGGAGCGUGGAAGCAAUUUUUGCGGAAGGUAGAAACUGGUAUCGAAAGUGGACUGGAAGGAUUGAUUGGUGUUAAUGGGAUCAAAUCUAAGAUGACUCUGCAUUGGAUCGAUGGUAGAGAGGGGAAAAUCCCAGAAGGCGAUAUCAAUGCAGCGAGAAAGGAUUUCAAGUCCAUCUCCUCUCUCCCCAGUUUCCCCACCGGCCUCGCCCAAAGCAAAUUCUUAGCCAUCACCCCCGACUCCCUCUUCUCCUUCUCCGACGCUAGGGAAGGCGAUCGCAAAGGCGACUACAGAGGCUUUCUCCAAGCGGUCGACGCGGAUUUCGAUCCUUCUAAAGAAGAACAAAACAGGAAAGCUAACCCCAAGGGAUACGAUGGCUCGUUUAAAAUCAUUGAUCAGUUGGUCUGGACGGAUCUUUUUGCAGUUUCUGUGGCGUGUCAUGCGCAGACGAUGCAAGAUUAUUGGGCAUUGGCGGCGCAGCAUCCGUGGGGUGUGUACGUGGGACCCACGACUGGUGUGAGGAGGAGACAGUGGAGGGAAAUGAAUGGUGGGUUGGGCUUUAUGCUUGAGGCGAGUAAGAAAAUUGCGGAUGAGCGAGCUGGUAGGAAUUGAGAGUUUGGUGAGAGUUUAUGAUCCCCAUUGACGACUAGCUGAUUUGUAUAUGGAGAAGAAAUUUGAUCCAAUGCUAUCUCUCCAUGCAGAGUAACGAAUUCGAUUUAAAGUUCAGUUGUACUUUCGAUCUCUAAACCCCCCAAUAAGCUCCACAGUUCCAUCCCCAGACUCCUCAUACUUCUUCCUCGAAAUCUCCGGAUUCAACUGCAGCGUCUGCUUCGCCUUCACCCACUCCUCCAUCGAAAUCGGCUUAUCAAACUUCGGCUUCACCUCCGCCUUCUGCAAAACAGGCGAAUCCAGAAUCGGAUUCAAAAUCGUAUCAUUAUGCGGCCUCGCAAAGUACAACAACCCCGUCCUAUCAUACCCCCACUGAUCCCUCGGCGGCGCCACAACGCGAUGCAC